GAGAGCUGUCGCGUGCGUUCAUUUAUUAAAUCACGUUAGCUAAAAGAAAGCCUUUGGAUUUAUUUCCUUGUUUAUUUAUUCAUCGUUUCAAGUAUUGCGCUUAUGAAGAGAGGACACUCCGAAAACUUGAAAAGGAUUCUGCUAAAGGACAUUUGUUGAGCAGUGUUGUAUGGUGGAUGACGAUCUCAGCAAUUGAGUAAUUCUCUUUCGGCCCUGAUCUGAAAUUGAAUUCGCCAUUCCCAGGAUUUACAAGAAUGUCCUAUAUGGUGGUUCGUAAACUCUUUUUGCAGUGCUUUUUGAACUAUGGGUGCUUUUAAUUUUUAAAAGGGAAAAGGUUAAGCUCUAUGGAUCACUCCUUCCCGGAACAAAUUAUUCAAACAUGGUAAAACUUGCAAACCCCUUGUACACGGAGUGGAUUCUUGAAGCAAUACAGAAGAUCAAAAGGCAAAAGCAGAGGCCUUCGGAAGAGAGAAUUUGCCAUGCCGUGUCUGGAUUGCGUGGACUAGACAGAAAAACUGUCCUUGAGCAGUUGGAAUUAAGUGUUCACGAUGGCUCCAUCCUGAAGGUUACAAAUAAGGGGAGUGCAUCGUACAAAGACCCUGAGAACCCGGGCCGAAGUUCAUCUCUGAAAUCUGGAGGCUUUUCUCUGUCUCUAAAGGGAUCUUCGUGGGGCUCAAGCGACCUGCGUCAUGUAGAUUGGAAUAAGAUUCUCAAACGAGCCAUCGAAGGCCUGGACGAUCCCGGUGGCUCCUCCCUGAGGAACAUUGAGAGGUUCCUCCGGAACCAGGAUGACCUGUCGAACAUCGUCGGCAACCCCAUGUUCCAGCGGCGGCUGCGGCUGGCAGCCAAGCGGGCUGUCAAUAACGGGAGGCUGCUGAAGAACGGGCCUCUUUACAGAAUGAACUACGGAAGUGCGGAGGGAAGGGGAUCUUCCAGAUGCAUCAGUGCUUCCCCGUUGCUCCUGCCACGUGUUACGCUUCUUCCACAUGAGAGAGACCAGCCCCGCGCUGACCCCAUCCCCAUAUGCAGCUUCUGUCUGGGAACGAAGGAGUCCAACCGGGACAAGAGGCCGGAGGAGCUGCUGUCGUGUGCAGACUGCGGGAGCAGCGGACAUCCGUCGUGUCUGAAGUUCUCCCCUGAUUUGACGGCAAACGUCAAGGCACUACGGUGGCAGUGCAUUGAAUGCAAGACGUGUAGCUCCUGUCGCAUCCAGGGGAAGAACGCGGAUGAUAUGCUUUUCUGCGAUUCUUGUGACCGGGGGUUCCAUAUGGAGUGCUGUGACCCUCCGCUUUCGCGAAUGCCAAAAGGAAUGUGGAUCUGCCAAGUCUGUAGGCCAAAGGAGAAGGAGCGGGGGAAAGGACUACUGCACAAGAGAGCCGCCCAGAUCAAAAGACGAUAUGCAAAGCCAAUGGGAAGACCCAAAAAUAAGCUAAAGCAACAAACCAUGUCUGUAACCAGCGGAGACGGUUCCAUGAUAGCACUGCCGGGAAGGGGGGCACCUGGUAGGGGUCAAAAGAUUACAGUCUGUACCACACCUUCAUCUGGUCAUGCUGCAUCUGUGAAGGCCGCGAGGAGCGGAUUGGCUGUUACAGACCCCCGUUGGGCGGGUGACGCCACCAAAUUCACCACCACCACCUCCUCCUCCUCCUCCACCACCACCACCUCUUCCUCCUCCUCCUCUUUCACGUCUACACCCACCUCCUCCAAACUUACCGUUAACAAGAAAACCAAAGGUCUCAUUGACGGGCUUUCCAAAUUUUUCACCCCCUCCCCCGUCGGCCGCCGGUGGCGCGCCGGCACGGUAGACCCCUCAAAGCAGCGGCGGCCGAGGAAGCGGGGGCUCCAGAAAGCGCCACGCGCCCCCCAUUCCUGCCCGGCGGCUCAAACGCUAACCACUCCCCUCUGUCCCCUCCCGCCCCCUCCUCCAUUGUGCGGACUGAGCCCCCCGUCGCAGAAAUCCAACAAUUCCACCUCUGCUAACUCCCCCCAGAGCUCUUCCAGCCAGUCUAGCGUGCCCUCCCUUAGCAGCCUGUCCAAUAACAACCAGCUUAAGGGACUUUUCGACGGACUGUCGCAUAUCUAUGCCACUCAGGGACAAUCUCGGAAAAAGGGACUCCCUAGUUAUGCACCGCCUAAGCGCAUGCGUCGUAAGCCGGAUUUGUCUUCCACGUCCAAAUCUUGCCCCCAGCUCCACGGGAAGAAAGAGAUUAAAAAUAGGCUAGCCUCCCACCCCUCCCCCUCCGGGUGGGGCAUUCCGAGAGGACGGCCCUUUAAGGCAGUGGCCCAUUUCAGACGCACGCCCUUCCUCAAAAAGCACAGGAUUCUAGGCAGGUUAAAAUAUAGAGUGACCCAUCAGAAGGGUACCCCCUCACCAGGGAAAGGGGGCUUGGCAGACGGAAGAAUUAAACCCGAGCACGACCAUGCAGAGAACGAAGGCGCAAAGCACGCCAAGAAGGACAUUCAAGAUGGGAUUGUGGCCAUUUCAAAGGAGCAUGUCUUGCAGGAAGACGUGGAAGUCUUUAAGCAUGUCCAGGAGCUCUCCUUGCAGAAAACCGGAUGCAUAAACAGUGCAGAUUCCGGGCGCUACCCAGCGGUCAUUGAGUUUGGGAAGUAUGAAAUCCACACCUGGUAUUCCUCGCCUUACCCGCCUGAGUACUCCAGAUUGCAAAAGCUUUAUCUCUGCGAGUUCUGUCUGAAGUACAUGAGAAGCCGGAAUAUUCUCCAGCGGCAUUCAAAGAAGUGCGGCUGGUUUCACCCUCCGGCGAAUGAGAUCUACAGGAAGGCUGACCUCUCUGUGUUUGAGGUCGAUGGAAAUGUCAGCAAAAUAUUCUGCCAAAACCUCUGCUUGUUAGCCAAGCUGUUUCUGGACCACAAGACCCUGUACUAUGAUGUGGAGCCUUUCCUGUUCUACAUCCUAACAAAGAAUGAUGACAAGGGCUGCCAUCUUGUAGGGUACUUCUCGAAGGAAAAGCUUUGCCAGCAGAAGUACAAUGUCUCCUGCAUAAUGAUUAUGCCUCAGUACCAAAGGCAAGGAUUUGGGAGGUUUCUUAUUGAUUUCAGUUAUCUGCUCUCCAGGCAAGAAGGACAGGCCGGCUCCCCGGAGAAGCCGCUGUCAGAUCUGGGUCGGUUAUCCUACGCGGCCUAUUGGAAAAGUGUCAUCCUGGAGUACCUUCAUAAGCAUCCCGACAAACACGUCAGCAUUAAGGGAAUGAGCAGGGCCACGGGGAUGUGUCCGCACGACAUCGCCAGCGCUCUCCAGCAGCUCAGCAUGAUCGACAGGCAGGAUGGCAGGUUUGUGAUCGUCCGGAGGGACAGGCUGAUCCAGAAGCACACGGAGAGGCUGCAGUCGAACCCGAGGCGGAACGAGGUGGACCCAGACUGCCUGCGCUGGUCGCCCAUCAUGGCCCUCAACGCCGUGCUGUCCGAGGAGGAGCGCGAGGCCGAGAUGGAUGCCGAGCGUCUGAUGGAGCAGGCCAGCUGCUGGGAAAAGGAGGAGCGGGAGGGCUACAUGUUGAGCCAAAAUGGCCGCCAGCCCCACACCAAGGUCCACUGCAAGAACCCGUACAGGAGGUCCCCGCUGAUGGAGAGGGCGGCCCAGGAGAGCGAAGACUUCAGCGAGGAGGACGACGACGACGACGACAACUACCACAGCUCGCCCCCCAUCCUGACCAAAGCCCAGGGAAUGCUGGGUGUCAAACGAAAGAGAACCGUGGUUCUGAGGAGGAAGAGAGGCAGGAAGAGGAAGAGGAUCAACAGCAGCGUCACCACGGAAACCAUCUCGGAAACCACGGAGGUGCUGAACGAGCCCUUCGACCACUCCGAGGAGGAGGAAGAGGAGGACGAGCGGCCCAUGCCUCUGCUGGAGCGCACCUGCAGGAUGGGCGAGACCGAGGAUGAGGAGGAGGAGGAGGAUGAAGAGGAAGAGGUUGAGCGUAGCCCUGUGCCGGUGAAGAGGCGCCGUGGCCGCCAGAGGGUGGUGAAAGACGAGGAGGACACCGACAAUCGCAGACGCGGAGCGAAGGACGCUACGGAUGAGAAAAUAAAAGCCUCCUUCGGGCUCCAGAAGAAGACGGACAAUCCCCGGCCCGUGAAGCGGAAGAAGGGCUGGCCCAAAGGCGUGAAGCGCGGCCCGCCAAAAUGGCGGCUGAAGAAGGAGCGCAAAAUGGGCUUCAAGCUCAACCUCUACACCCCGCCCGAGACCCCUCUGGAGGCCGACCACCAGAUCCCGGCCGAGGAGCCGCAGGAGGGCCAGGAGAAGGCCCCCGCCAUCACCGAGGAGGACAGCGAGGCCGGCAGGGACCCGGAGCCCCUGGAGGAUGAGCUGGACCAGCUCCUCUCCGAGUCCCAGAGCCCCGUCGAGCCCCCGGCCAGGAAGCGGGACGAGCUCUUCCACAAGCUGGGGUCCCCCGACGACUCCUUCAGCCACGAGGAGAGCCAGGACCCCGAGGCCCCGGACCCUGCCGAGGAGGAAGAAGAGGAAGAGGAGGAGGAGGAGGAGGAGGAAGAAGAGGAGGAUGAGCGGGAGGACAAGGAAACGGCCUGCGAGGAAAAGGGGCACGGAGGGGGACUGGUGGAGCAGGAAGAGGAGGAGGAAGAGGAGGAAGAGCCGGUGCACGUGGAGGACCAUGACGCAGACGACGAAGACGAGGGCCACGCUGACGUUUCGGAGCCCGUGAAGGCCGGGGGGCCGGACGAGCCCCCGGAGGACAAGCCCGACGACCCGGUGGCUUUUUUAGACCUGGACGGCCCCGGCGAGCGAGAGGCCAGCCCCGCAGACCCCGUGCCCAGCCAGGCGGGACCGUUCGCCCCCGACGCCCCCACGCACGCCCCCGAGUGCCCCGCUGACACGGGCCGGCCCGACGAGUCCGAGUCCGACGAGGAGAACGUCCCGGGCCUCCUCCAGAAGGAGGCGCAACCCCCCAGCCCCGUGGAGAAGGAGGAGCGGCCGCUCUGCCCGGAGAUGGACACGGAGACGGUGCAGGCCGUGCAGUCGCUCACCCAGGAGGCCGAGCAGGAGGCCGGCUUCCAGGACUGCGCGGAGACGCAGGAGGCCUGCCGCAGCCUGCAGAGCUAUGCCCACCUGGACCAGAGCCCCCCCAUGGCCCCUCUGGACGACUGCCCGCAGUCGGACCACAGCAGCCCGCUGUCGUCCGUGCACUCGCACCCCAGCCAGUCGGUGCGGUCGGUGAGCAGCCCCGGUGUGUCGGUGCUGGAGAGCGGCUACGCGCAGAUCAGCCCGGGCCAGACCGCCAUCUCGGUCCCCUCGCUCCACAACAUGGAGACCUCGCCCAUGAUGGACGUGCCCUCGGUGUCGGACCACUCCCAGCAGGUGGUGGACAGCGGCUUCAGCGACCUGGGCAGCAUCGAGAGCACCACGGAGAACUACGAGAACCCCAGCAGCUACGACUCGGCGCUGGGCGGCAGCAUCUGCGGGCCGGGCUCGUCCCAGAACAGCUGCUCCUACAGCGGCCUUGCGCAGAGCAGCUGCGCCGUCACCCAGCAGAUGGCCAACGUCACCGGGGGCUGCGGCCUGCUGCAGCAGGGAGGCCUGAGCUCGCCGCAGAACUGCGGCGUCAAGUCCCCUCAGGGCUGCGUGGCGGAGAGGCCUCCCAGCAUCGGACAGCACGGCCCCGGGCCCCAGCACCAACACCAGCACCCUCACCCUCACCCUCACCCUCACCCUCACCCUCACCCACACCCCCACCCCCACCCCCACCCACACCCACACCAGCACCCCCACCCCCACCCCCACCCGCAGCACCAGCAGCAGCAGCUGGCCCAGUGCGCCAUGCCCGCCAACUUCUCCUCACCCAUGCAGCUGGCCGACAUCCCCGAGUCGGGCAACCCCAACCUGGGCAUCUACGAGCGCAUGAGCCAGGGCGAGUACGGGGGCGGCGGGGGCCCCUACUCCCAGCCCUCGGCCACCUUCAGCCUGGCCAAGCUGCAGCAGCUCACCAACACCCUGAUGGAGCACCCUCUGCCCUUCAACCACUCGCCCUCGCACCCCAUCACGUCCUACGCCAACGGCGUGUCGCUGCCCUCCCAGCUGGGCGGCUCGGGCCUGGUGUCUCUGCCCCAGUCCGCGCACGGCGUUCCCGGGGGCCCGCAGACGCAGGCCACCAUGACGCCGCCCCCCAACCUCACCCCGCCCCCCAUGAUGCUGCAGCGCAACAUGGCCGCCCCCGGCAUGGGCCUGCCGCCCUCACAGAGGCUGCAGACGCAGAUGGCCGCCAAGAGCCACGUCUCCAUGAGGGCCAAGUCCGCGCCGCUGUCCCACCACCAGCAGCAGGUGUACGGGCGGGGCCCCCAGGCCGUCCCCAUGCAGGCCCCCGCCCGGGCCCUGGCCAUGCCACGCAUGAACAUGGGCGUCAACCUGAUGCCCGCGCCCGCCUACAACGUCAACUCCAUGAACAUGAACAUAGCGCCGCUCAACCCCAUGAACACCUACCGCAUGAGCCAGCCCAUGAUGAACAGCGGCUACCACGGCAACCACGCCGCCUACAUGAACCAGUCCCAGCAGUACUCUAUGCAGAUGGGGAUGAUGGGCACACAGCCGUACGGCCAGCAGAGCAUGCAGGCUCCGCCCCACGGCAACAUGAUGUACACCCCGGCCGGUCACCACGGCUACAUGAACACGGGCAUGUCCAAGCAGUCCCUGAACGGGCCGUUUAUGAGGCGCUGAGCUCGCCACCGACGUGCGUAUCGCCUGGAAAACGCACACAUUUUUCUUUUCUUUUUUCUUUAUUUUUAUUUUUUGCCUGGAAUACUUUCCCUUUUGUUUGUCUAUACUUGUUCUGUUUCCGUUCCUUUUUGAGAAACCAGCACUUGGUAAGAAUGCAAAAAAGAAAAAAAAAAUUUUUUUUUUUGGAGCAAGAAAAUUUGAGCUUUUUUCCCAAUAACGGGAAGCCUUACGUCAUGAAAACAAAGAUUUACUCGAUUAAUGUUAAUCUCCAGUAACGAGUGCAGUCCGUUAUCCUGAGCUACGGUCAGAUCAGACUCGAGCUCUGGGACUGCAGUGUAGUAGCAGCCUAUCCAAUGGAGCCAUUUAAUGUGCCUGCUGCAGCUAUCCAAUUGGACAUUAGAGCCUUUUCAGUGUACCUGUCCAACAGAACUGAAAUCUAGUUUGUACUAUACUUAUGCCUUUGUAUAUUUAAAUUAUUGUACAAUUUUGUUUUAUUUUUUUGUAAAGUGACACUGAGCAUGCUAUGAUGUCUUUGUUAGUGACAGUGCAUUAAGUAGUACUGUACAAGUGUUGUGCUUAAUAGCAAGCCAUUUUAAAACUGUAUGGCCUUCAUUAGGGUUCCCUGUAAUGGGAGAAAGAUUAAACUCUAUUUUUGUUAAUUCUAAUACUGUAAAAAUUGUAAACUUAGUCCUGUUUCAGUUGUUAAGUCUGAAAGGUUUUAUUGCGAAAUGUGUAUAAUUCUGAACUUUUUGUAUCAAAUUUCCUUAAAUGAGGCAGCUUUCUGUUUUAUAAUGCAGACUGAUUUCUGUCUAAAUGAUGAAGCAUAUUGUAUCUGUGUUUGUACCCAAACAAUUCUAAAACAUUUCAAAAAGUGCUUGUCCAGAAAUGUGGCAGAAUUUAAAAAGUUAAUAAUAAUAAUAAUAAUAAUAAUAAUAAAUAAUAAUAAUAAUAAUAAUAAAACAUGCGUAAAUUAGUCCAAAGUUGCUAUUUUAUGAAAAUGACUUUAAAUUUACACUUUCAUUCCAUCUGUAGAUUUGUUUUCUAUCUUUAUAAAACGUUGGAUUUAUAUUUUACAAAAGUGUAGAGCAGUAGCCUGUGAAUAGACCAAACUAAGCUAACAAAUUGCAUGUAAAAAGCAAAUUGUAUUUGUGUCUGUUUAUAUUGCUUUUUUGUAGCCUUUGUACUUGUACAGAGUGGCUGGUAGGAAAGAGGGGAAACCUGGCUAUGUGUACAAAAUAGGACAGAAUGACAGUCUUGUAUUUAUGAGUUAUCUUCUUAGUCAGUCACUUAAAAAUGCUGUACAUUUUAGCCUAAAAUAAAUUAUGAUGAACCAUA